UUAUUUUUGAUGCAACGGCUGAUUGCUGAUUGGCUCGUUCGCUUUCGUUGGUUACGUGACGAACACAAGCACAAGCCACAAGGAGUUUCUCUUCUUUUGAGGUUAUGGUGUAUUCCGUUAAACCGGUUGGAAUAGAAUAUUAUUUUAUUGGAACCAUCUAUUUGUUUAUCAAUCAUGUCGAAGAAACGGUCAUUACCCGCGUCUAAUAAGAGAAAGAGUGUUGGGCCAACUCCAGCAAAGGUAUCCAAAACCAACAAUAUUUCAGCAGCUUUGUUUGAAGUUCGCAACUACACAAAGAAAGCGGGAGAUGUUUUGACAUUCGGACAGGGAGAUGUGGGCCAGCUUGGGCUCGGAGUGGACAUUUUGGAGCGGCUGCGCCCAGCUGUGGUGAAUGACGUGGGCAAGAUAGUGUCGGUGUGUGCUGGCGGCAUGCACACGCUAUGUCUCACCGACCAAGGCAAAGUGAUGUCGUUCGGAUGCAACGACGAAGGCGCUCUGGGUCGGGAGACGAGUGAAGAGGGCAGCGAGACAGAGGCGGGGGCGGUCGACCUGCCUGGCAAGGCGGUGCAGGUAACGGCCGGUGAUUCACACUCUGCCGCUCUACUUGACGAUGGCAGGGUCUUCGCUUGGGGAGCGUUCAGGGAUUCGCAUGGCUCGAUGGGUUUGACACUGAACGGUGCCGAAAAGUUUCCGGUUCAGAUGCCGUUAGACAGCAAGGUGGUGAAGAUCGCAUCAGGGGGAGAUCACCUGGUGAUGUUGACGGCCGACUCACUCGUGUACACGUGCGGCUGUGGCGAGCAGGGCCAACUGGGUCGCCUCUACGAACGAGCCGCUAGUAGAGAGAGUAGGCAAGGCAUGAAUCAGUUACUGUUACCGGCCUUAGUAACUAGUAGACAAUUGAAGAAGGUUGACGACAUUUGGACUGGAACUUAUUGUACAUUUUUUAAAGAAAAAUCUAGUGAUAAUAUCUAUGCGUGCGGUUUAAAUAACUAUUUCCAAUUAGGCCUAGGUAAGAAGUUGUCUCAGAUUCUUCGUCACUUCCAUCCAGUGAAAUCUGAACAGUUUUCAACGCAUACUUGGCUAACCAUAGCUGGAGGACAACAUCACACGCUGGCCUUGGACACGGAUAAUGUCACGUAUGUGAUCGGCAGACACGAGUAUGGCAGACUGGGGUUGGGCGAGACUGGCAAGGACAUUGAAGAGCUCACAGUAAUCCCCAGCUUGCAGGACAAGAAAUGCGUCGAAAUCGCUUGUGGCAGCAGCGUAUCGUUUGCUGUUACAGAUAAUGGUGAAAUUUACAGCUGGGGAAUGGGCACCAAUGGUCAACUGGGAAGCGGAGAAGAGGAAGACUUAUACGAACCGAAAAAAGUGGGUGGAAAGCAAUUGGAGGGCAAGCGAGUGGUACAGGUGUCUUCCGGUGGACAGCAUACCGUUAUUCUGACAAACUAGCUAUAAAAACCACUAGAAUUUACCACCUCAUUAUGUUUUAGUACAUUUAAUCAAUCAACGUAAAGUACCCUUAUUAAAAAACAGUUUUUGUGCCAUUGAAUUGAUUUUAUUUUUUGUUAUACUGUAACCUGAGAUGUAUUUUCGCAAGUAAAAAUUACAAGUAAAUGAGAAUUGCCAUGUCAAAAUUGAUAUAAUUUGGAAUCAUGUUCAAUGUGUAUGACUGAAUCACGUUCGAAUGGUGAAUUAAUUAUUUUUAUUAAAAUGUUUCUCUAUGUGGUGAUUAUUAAAAUCUCUAUGUGGAUUAUCCUUAUAAUCUCGUGAAGAUUAUAAACUCUUUUAUAAGCAUUUUAAUUAUCCUGUAUUUAAGUCUUAUUUUACAAAUCAUAAUAGCAAUUCUCAUCUCAGAAUUUGUGUUUUGGUAUUAUCUUCUUUGAAUUUAAACAUCUAAACAUCUUUUACGUAAAUAAUAAUAAUAAGGUAUUGUAUUAUUUAUUAGUCACAAUCAUGAUUUCUGUUGUUAAUAUUAAGUAUUUUUUCAGUAGUUUGUAAUGAGAAUAUUAAUGAUGCUCAAUAUUGAAAAUUAUAAUUCAACCUGCUUGAUUUACAAUUCAAUUCAAAUUUCUUUAAUGGCAUUUCAACUAUAAUAACUCUAUGAAAGAAACUAUUUUAUAAAAUGUAAGUGAAGUUUAAGGGCAUGAACUCAAAUGUAGUGACAAAAGAAGGAGGAGGCGACUCAAGAAUCUUACAGUGUCUAUUCUUUCGCAGUGUACGCACAAGCCAUCAAAUUAAAAUCGAACAUUUGACGUCUGAAUGGUGAUAUCAAAACUUACUUAUGACUUGAUUAACAGCGAAUUACUGAAGAAUAUUCAACUUGGAAAUACUUUAAUUUGUUUCAUUUGGACAUUCAUGAGAAACUGUAGCGAGUUUGAGGAAAUUGUAGUGAGCUGAGAUGUCAAAUAAUUUAUGAAGUACCUUGUUAUUAUAUGGUGAAACUGAGAAUUGAUUGCACAAAUUAAUAUUUUACCUUAUACCAUAGUAAGAUUUAUAGUUCACACUGAAUAAACAUCAUUGUUAGUCCAUAUUAUAUUAUGUUGAGAGUUCACUGGCAAUGAUCUUUGAAGAUGGUUGCCGCGAAUACUACAAAGUAAUUCUUUUUAAUCAGCAUUACUUGUAAAUAUUCUAUUAGAAAUGGCCUUUUUGAGAUGAGUGCAGUAUUUUUUAAUUUUGUCAUUUAUCUGAGAAGUUGCAUUUCAUCUAAUUCUUAUAAAAUUGCUUCUGAUUUUCACACUUCAAAUACAAAUUUAUCAUCAAGCUUAUGAUAAGUAGAUUAUAAUGUGAAUGUUUAUAAAGUUCGCCUUAGUGAUAAUUUUUCGAAUAAUAAAAAAUUAUCUUCAGUUCCUUCUAAGUAUCGUCUAAUCAAAUGUCACGUUUUUAUUCUUCACUAAUCAUUUCUUUGAAAGUAGGAAAUCAAUUGUUUCUGCAAACCUUCAUUGUCAUAUAAUUUUUAUUUUUUAGAAGUUGAGACAUAAAUAAGAUUCCUUGAUCAAUAGCAUUCUAAUUAUUAUUAAAUUUACUUUUAAGUCUAUUAUCAAACGGGUAUUUAUUAUUAAAUGCCGUAAAUUAUCAUUCUGUUUAAUAAUAUGCUUUAAUUUGUUACAACAUGAAAGCGAAUUUAUAGUUGUGUGUGUUUUGUAAGUAAAUUUAACAAUUUUUUGUUAGUUAACAAUAACUGUUUCUACAAUAUUCUGUUGUGUUCCCUAGUUUUGUCUACCGAGACUUAAUUUAUUAUUUGUACACGAGAUGGAUUUUAUCCAAUAACUUAGUGCCUAGUAUUUAUGUUUAGUUAUAAAGUGUUGGUUUGUGUUUUUAACAAUGUAAGUUGAAUUUUGGUUUUGUUCUGGAACAAAUUAAAAUAAAAUAAUUUUUUACAAUGUUUGUUGAACUGAAUGUAGAUAUUCUUUUAAAAUGUAAUAUAUAUUUUAAAAAUA